UUUAAGAGCACAGCUACAGGAAAACAAUACAAAAUCACACAAGACCUGAACUGUAAGACACCAAGUGUCAUCUACGUCAUCCAGUGUAAAAAAUGCAAGGUGCAAUAUGUUGGGAAGACCUCAACCACACUGCAAAAAAGAUUCAAAGACCACAGAAGUUCCAUCAGAAAAUGUGAACAUCGGCCAAUCCCUGAUCAUUUCACCAAGAAUGGUCAUUGUCUUGAUGAUCUGAUUAUCUAUCCAAUUGAGGAGGUCACUGGUUCCAAAGAAUUGAGAAGUGAGAGGGAACUGCACUGGAUCAGAGAGCUUGACACAGUUGAAAAUGUACUAAAUCUGGGGCCAUAUGAAUGUGUAAGACAGCAGACCCAAGAUGAUGGAGACAAAAGACCAGUGGAACCAACUGAGGGACAAGUGGAAGCUCCUCAGAAAGGUAAAAGAAAGCUCUGUGGGAAUGAAGAUGUGAAAUCAAAGAAGAUGAAAAUUAACAGACAGUCUGUGUUUUCACAUGAUACAGAAGAACUUCUCCUAACCCUGAAUGACGCAUUCGAGGAUGGAAAAGAAGCCAUAUCUCUGCUUGAAAUCCAACUCAAAGAUGUUUCCAGCAGAGAGGAAAAGACCAUGUCAUUUCUAGAAGACCUAAAAGAGAAGAUCUCAGGUCUCAAAGAAAAUAACUGGAAAGAGACUAUUCACAUCGGACUCUUUGGGAAGACGGGAGCAGGAAAGAGCUCAUUGAUCAACGCAAUUGUCCAAGAAGAACUUCUCCCUGCUUCAGGAGACACAGAAGCCUGCACUUCCACAUUCGUGCAUGUGCAAGCCAAUACUGAAUCUAGCAAAUACAAAGCUGAUAUUGAAUUCAUCAGUAUAGAGGACUGGAAAUCAGAACUACAUUUCCUGCUAGAGCUACUUGAAAAUGAAAAUGACCAGCAAAGCACGGAAAAGACUGAUGAAGAAGAAGAAAUGGUAAAAAUGGCAAAAGAAAAGAUUACAGCCAUUUAUGGAGAAGAGGGCCUGGAGAGAAAUUACGAUGAAUUGGUGGGAGCCAGAUGGUUUCCUGUGAUUCUAGGCACCAGCAUGAAGACUCUGACUUUUGACACUGCUGAUGAACUGUCUGAAGGCAUUGAAUGCUACAUUCGGAGUGAUACAGAAUCAGAUACAAAUGAAGGGAAGCAGAUCUGGCCUCUGGUGAAGCGAGUCACCAUCUCCUUGCCGAAGUCUCCAGCUCUGCUGGAGGGGAUUGUGCUGGUGGACCUGCCUGGAGCCGGAGACGUCAGUAAAUGCAGAAGUGACAUGUGGAAAGAGUGUCUCAGCCAGUGCUCCUCUGUCUGGAUUGUCAAUGAGAUGAACCGUGCCCUGUCUGAGAAAGUAGCCGAUGAGAUCUUUAAUACAUCAUUGAGAACCAUUGCUGGAGGAGGGGAGUGUCACAAUGUCACCUUCAUCUGCACCAAAACAGAUGUCAUCAAGCCGAAGGAGAUCAAAAAGAAGUAUCGUCUCAGAGAUGAGGAUCUUAAAAUAGACGUUAAGUUUUCUGAUAACAGAGGCUACCACAAAACACUCAAAGCCUUGUGUAGAAAUGAUGGAUAUUUCCGAUCUCGCAAAGGAGUGUUAGUUGAUCUGAACUACACUCUGUCAGAACCCAUGUACAAAAAGAUGAAUGAAAACAACCUCUUUCUGACAACAUUUGGGCCUGGAUGUACAAGAGCCUCAAUCAAAGGGACAUUUGAAAGUUUCCAGGAGAACUUCAUCCCAAAUUACCUUCUGAAAGAACACAAGACACCAAAUAAAGACAAAUACCUGCGUCUGGUGUACAUUAGAACAGAGCAAAGAAAAGUGCUCAAGAAACUGGAGAAGGAAAUCCUACAGAGAAAGAAGCUGAUCUACAAUUCCCUCAGUGAUUCAAUCCGUGACACCAUGAAGCAAACAUAUCAAGAAUGCUAUGGAAUCACAGGAAAAGACUCUUUCAGAGAGAUGAAAGGGACUCUUAAAAGUGCAAUUGAGGAUUUCAAAAAGACCAUGUUCCAAAAUGCCAUGACGAAGAUGCUGGAAGAGUUCAGUGAUCUGCAGGACCUGCUGGUCACGUCGUCCAGUAUCACAAGGAUAUACCGAUGUGCCCGGCUGGGCAAGGGCCCCAGGAUGUCCAUCACAAUCCUCCUGAAUGGUCUGCCCUGGCGAUUUGGGUCUGGGCAGGGCGGUGGGUGCGUCACGGAUUGUCGGCCCGUGGGUUUCGGCGCGGCCCGGUCGGAGCAUUUUCUGUGUGACCUGAUGUUUUUCGAGGAGGGCCACUAG